AUGUCUACCUCCCGCGAUAGCGCCGUUGUCAAGGAUCUCCAUCUCAACCACAAUGCCGGGAAAACACAAUCCAGAGACUCCAAUCACAGCAAGAAGACUUCCGAAUAUACCACGUCUACGGACAGAAAUUGGCAUGGGCUUGCCAAUGCUACGAGACCGAUGACCCCUCUCCGUCGUGCUUCAAGCGCUGAUCCCUUGUCAAGUCGUGGCCGUCGUAGAACUCCCGUUGCACAGUCAAGAACUCCUGCCGGGGUUUCCAGAUAUGGUGGUGGUUCGGCGAGAAAGCCAUUGAUGGUAACGCCCCAUGGACGAGCUGCUCAGCGACAGCUGGAGGCAAGAAGAACCCCAGGGAAAGAAAGGCGAAGGAGUGGACGGCAGCAAAGGGAAACGCCUCGUGAUGCCUUGAGAGCACUUAGUCGUCUACUCGCACCUAGGUCACAGCCCAUCGCCCCAACUCCUACUGGUCCAGGGCAAACUCCCAACAAACGAUUUACGAGUGAUGAUGAUGAUCUGGACGAUGAAGUCGAGCUUCAGAGACCUCGUUUGUCCUUGCCUAUGGGCGACGCAGACGACGAGGACGACAGUUUACUGCUUCCCCCUCAGUCAGCCGGCUUAGAAGACGAAAACUUCACUGUGCAAUCUGUUGAGUUUGGUCGCCGAGCUCGAAGUGAACAGCCUCUUUCACGGCUUUCGAGGGGGAGUUUUGGGAGCGUACGCAUGAGCGACAACUUUGGAGAUGUGAGUGCGUUGGGGCUUGGAGGGGCACUGGAUGAGUCUAGCCUGAUAGGCGGGCCUCUCGCUGACGAUGAUAUCUACGAGAUGUCGGAGUUUUCUAUGGGGGUUCCAGGAGACAAUACACAAACUUUGAGAGAUCUUGGUCUCGCUCAAGGCGCUUUAUCUAUCGGUCGUGACAGCGACGUCCGGCCGCUGGCGUUACCCGAUGAGGCUACCGACAAUGAUUUCUUGUUCAUCGUACCACCAAGAGACGUUUCUGAGGAGCCACGGAGGAAUUCAUCCCGCCGAGGUAGCACCCCUCUCUCAAUGAUUCUGGACAUGCAGAGUGAAGAUCCCCAGGGACACGUGGAGCCAUUAGAACUGGAUCAAGAGAAUCUCAUGGAGGGAGAAGAAGGGGAAGAGUUCGACAAUAGCGAGCAUCCAGUUCCCACGGUGCUAUAUGAUCCCACACAACCUUUGGACAUGAGUCUAACCAUGAGCGUGCCCCGCGCACCUGGCUUGGUAGGAACGCUUGCCACGACGAGGAAGCAUAAACAAGCCAAAGUCUCUGUACACGGAAUUGAAUACCCCUCUCUGCCUGCAGGUGUAGUGAAGAAGUUGGCAACGACUUUCGCACGUACAGCUGGCAACAACAAAACCAAACUCAAUAAGGAAACACUUGAUGCGAUCAUUCAAGCUUCGGAUUGGUUUUUUGAGCAAGUUAGUGACGACUUGGGGGCUUACGCUGAACACGGAAGGAGGAAGACGAUUGACGAGACUGAUGUUAUAACGCUUAUGGCCAGACAGAGGCAGAUCAACGCUAGUAACACCCCGUUCUCUUUGGCCCAGAAAUACCUGCCACGAGAGCUUCUUCAAGAAAUGCGCAUGGUCCCUCCACCCAAAUCGAAGAACCAACACUAA